AUCUGCAUUCAGACUCCAUAGUUCUUUUUCUGGCUAUGGAUAGCAUUUUCCAUCAUGAGUAUUUUGGAGUUGAAGGACAAUAAUUUAUAACUGGGGAAGUGGAAGAGAAAACAAAAAAGCAGAUUCUUUGAGCAGUUUAGCCUGGUUCUUUCAGCAUCUGGAACUUUUUUUAUUUUCCUGUUUCCUUCCUCUAUGAAACAGACAAAUGAAGUGAAACUAGGGCCAAAGAGCCAGCAGCCGAGAAGGACUCUAGACAGCUGUGAAGAAAGGGAGCCCAGUACGUAGCAGGACAUCUGAAAAUAAGUAUGAAAGGAUGUUCUUCCACGUUUGUGUUCUUCCUUCUCUUCUGAUCGUCUCUCAUAGGAUAUACCAUGGCUUUUUCUGUGACUGCUUGUAAAAUACUGCUGUUUCUGAUGUUGGUGUUAGCUGCCUAUAUCAUUUUGAUGGCUUCAGAAAACUUCUCCAAGUUUCCUUCUGUGUUCAUUGUUUCGAACACUACUCAUUGCUUGGACACUUGCAAGAAAUCUUCAUGUCCUGAAGCACCACUCAGCACUGCCACAGAACCCACAGAGACUGAUUUGAGAAUUAAAAAAAUCAUAGAGCAGCUGGAUCACCAGAUCCCACAUAGACCAUUCUCUUACAUCAACACGACAAGCGCAGCCCUCAGUGUGGCCAAAAUCAUUGAUCCUAAGACCACCUACUGCAGAGGGGAUCAGCUAGAUAUUCUCCUGGAGGUGAGAGACUAUUUGGGGCACAGAAAGCAAUAUGGAGGAGAUUUCUUAAGAGCCAGGAUUUCUUCACCAGAUCUGAUGGCAGGAGCUUCAGGACAGGUAACAGAUUUCAACAAUGGCACCUACCUUGUCAGUUUCACUUUAUUCUGGGAAGGUAAAGUCUCUGUGUCUCUUCUGCUCAUCCACCCCAGCGAAGGAGUAUCUGCGCUCUGGAGAGCAAGGAAUAAGGGUUAUGACAAGGUGAUUUUCACAGGCCUAUUUGCCAAUGGCACAUCGCAGGUCUUCAGUGAAUGUGGCCUGGUUCUAAACACAAGUGCUGAACUGUGCCAGUACCUGGACCACCGAGACCAAGAAGCCUUCUACUGUGUGAAACCUCCACGAGUAUCCUGUGAUGCACUGACCCAUAUGAGGACCAGGAAUAGUGGAGUUUCUUAUCUUAGUGUAAAGGACAAAAAUCUUUUCCAUAAGUCCAGAAUAGGGAUUGAAAUUAUGAGAGGCUUCAAACCCAUCACAGUCUCCGAGUGUAACAAUGUUGAAACAGUGAGAGAGAAAUGCCAGAUCGGGAUGAAGUCUCCUAUUCCCAGUGGUUAUUCUUUGCAAGGCAAGUGGAAUCCAGCAUUUUGUAAACUAACUCAGCUAAGUAAUGUGACUGUAAUCAAUGACUGUUUGAAAGGAAAACUCAUUUACUUCAUGGGAGAUUCUACUCUACGCCAGUGGAUGGACUGCUUCUCCAAAACUGUGGAAACACUGAAGUAUUUUGAUCAUCAUGGAAGUGGACCUUUUAAGAACUACAUACUUCUGGAUUCAGAAAGAAACAUUUAUAUCCAAUGGAAAAAACAUGGGCAUCCAUUUGUCACUAGCAAACUGUACUCAUUAAAAAAUCAUGAAUAUAUUGCCCAUGAAAUUGACAGAGUAGCAGGAGACAGAAACACAGCCAUAGUUAUCACCCUUGGACAACAUUUCAGAGCAUUCCCAGUUGACAUCUUCAUCCGAAGAGUUAUCAAUAUCCAAAAGGCAAUUAGACGGUUAUUGCUAAGAAGUCCAGAUACCAGAGUUAUCCUGAAGGCAGAAAACAUUAGAGAGAUGCACAUUGAUGCUGAGAACGUUGGUGACUUUCAUGGCUAUAUUCAGUAUCUUAUUAUGAGGGACAUUUUCCGGGAUCUCAAUGUGGGUAUCAUUGAUGCCUGGGACAUGACCAUUGCAUAUGACUCUAGAUUCCUCCACCCCCCUAAUAAUGUUGUUGAAAAUCAGAUUAAUAUGUUCUUAAACUACAUCUGCUGAUAGCUAUACCGACUAAGUAUUAUGGAAUGACCUAAUAUACUAAUAAGGGAUUCCAGUUGAUAUGUGCCUAGCAGAAAAUAUGAAAACAAGUUGGUAAGAUGUUGUAUCAUGGUGGGAGGACAAGAGGAAAGUAUGAGGCCCUACAUGCCCUUUUAGAAAAGGAGAUACGUCAUGAACGUAUCAUGUUACUGUUUCCAUGACUGGCCAGAGCCACAUGGCAAACAAGUCUUCUCUGAUAUUCUUGAUUUCUGUAAUGUCCAGUGACUCUCGCUCUCCAGGAUGUAUGUGUUGGCAGUAGGAUGGGGAGAAAUGACAAGAACAUGGGUUUGAGGAAUGACAUCUUGGCACAGCCAGCAAGAACACAAGACUAACCUGAAUAAGUGAUUGGAUUGAAGGCUAAAGGAUUUGAUCACACCACAAAAGUAAUUGUGUGCAGUGUUCAAUAUUAAGCCAAUAUCUGGGUAGUUUUAUUGAAAUGCAGUGUUGGUCACUCAGCGAACCUUACAAAUAUCCAGGAUUUAGGUGAUUUUAGGGAAGGGGAAGUUGUCUACAUUCUACUAAGGGAAAAGGAAAGAAGCCCUUUUACAUAUGCUCAGGGAUGGAUGAAGCGAUCAGUUAAAUGGGGAGAUAUGAGAGAAGUCUCAUAAAUAUGUGGUCUUUACUUAAGCUUAGUAGACAAAGUUGGGGUAGCGAUUUGGAUUCAAAGGAACAUUUUGAAUGGUAAGUUAUAGGUUUAAGGGACCAAUACAUUCUUGAAAAUGGAAGAAGACCUCCUUAAUGAUGGGAGUUUUAUUUACCAGUGCCAGAAAAUGUUUGGAGCUUGAGAACAGUAGGCCAAAUAUUUUGCAAUAGGACAUCAACCAGAUUUGUAUUUGUCUAAAAACUUGAUACUGUCCCUCAGGUAAAAGGUUACUUGGAAAACUCCUAUGGUUGAAUAUUAAAUCUGGGCUUAUGUGCAUGUCCCCUGAUACAUGUAUGAGGGUGUCUGUUACUUAAAUGUGUGUGUACUGGUCAUUCAGGGAUUAAUUUGUUUUGGGAAAAAUAAUGGGUCAUCCUUUACUUUUUUACUUUCCUUAAUUUCAAUUAGGGAAUAACUUGGUAAGGCGGUUGUAUACUUUGGGAUUCAAAACUAUUAUAUGCUUUCUGUCUCUGUAAGAAGAAGAAGGUAAAUGCUGCACUUUCCGGGAACAGAAAAAAAUCCACAAGACAAAAUCAUAAUGAAAUUCUAGAAGGGUGACAGUGAGAAAAGUAUUUUUUUUAAUCAAAUGACUUACAAAUUUAAUAUUGACCAGCAAUACUACUAAACCUGCCUUGUAACUAUUUACAUUUAAAUGAAUUUCAAUGAAUAAAAUAUAGCAACUUUUUAGUUACUCUUUCCAAAUUUUCAAUGGAAUUAUUUGUCUUCGUUUUCAUCAACAUUCCUUCAUUUAUGGUUGUUGU